AUGGAGCGGGCCGGGGUGCGGGGGCCGCGCGGGGGCCACGGCCCGGGGCUCCGGCUGGCGCUCGGGCUGUGGCUGCUGCUGGCGCGGCCGCCGUCGGGCCGCGCGGGGGCCCCCGAGGCUCCGGAGCCCGCGGCCCCCGGCACGGCGGCCCCUGCCCGCGGCGACCGCUGCCGCGGCUACUACGACGUGAUGGGCCAGUGGGACCCGCCCUUCAACUGCAGCUCCGGCGCCUACAACUUCUGCUGCGGCACGUGCGGCUACCGCUUCUGCUGCCACGACGGGCCGCGGCGCCUGGACCAGAGCCGCUGCUCCAACUACGACACGCCGGCCUGGGUGCAGACCGGCCGGCCGCCCGCGCGGGCCCGCGACACCGCCGCGCACCGGGACCCGGGCCGCGAGCGCAGCCACACGGCCGUCUACGCGGUGUGCGGCGUCGCUGCGUUGCUGGUGCUGACGGGCAUCGGGGUGCGCCUGGGCCUGGAGAGGGCGCACAGCCCGCGCGCGCGGCGCACGGUGACCAGGACACUGACGGAACUUCUGAAGCAGCCAGGCCCCCAGGAGCCACUGCCCCCACCGCUGGGCCCACCGCUGGGCAGCUGUGUCCAAGUGCAGAUGGGUGAUGGCCUCCCCCGAGGCUCCGCCCACGACAGCGCAGACAAGAAACGCCACAACCACGUGCCCCUGGGGUCGGCGACCCCGGGCCCCCCGCGCGGCCCGCGGCCGCAGGGCAGCGGCAGCCUGACGCUGCAGCCGGACUACGCCAAGUUCGCCACCCUCAAGGCAGCCGCGUUCCAGGCCUCAGAGGCCGCCCCGCAGGACUUCUACCCGCACCGCCCGGCGCCCGCCCCCGCCCCGCCGACCCUCCCUGCGCGGGCCCCGCGGCCCCCGGAGGACUUGUCCGCGCUGCUCGACGCCUGCCCCUGGGCCCCGCCCGGCUACGCGCCGCACGCCGGCCCCGCCCCGGCCCCGACGGGCCCCUGCAAGGCCUGGACCACCGGCCGCCCGGCUCGGCCCGCCCCCCGCGGCCACCUGGUGGCUCAGGCCGCCCCUGCCCCGCGGCGGUCGGGCCACCCCCGGCGCAUGGAGAAGCUGCCCAAGGCCUUCCACCCGCAGCCCCCUGGCCUGUACAGUUGCGCGGUUCGAGGACACCUGAGCACCAACAGCAAAGCAGAGGUCACCGUAUGAAGACGGGGCUGCUGGUUCUUCCGAGCAU